GGCGUCCUCGCUCAGCCCACCCUCCCGGCUCCGGCCACUCCUCACCGCCUCUUGCCGGACGCCCAAAAAAAUCGAAGCCGAAGGGAGAAGGCGCCGCUCCCAUGGCCGCUGGCCUCUGCCCGCGCCUCCGCACCUUAUUGGCCUCCUCUCGCCCGCUCCUGGCCGCGCGCUCCGGAGCGCUGCCCCUACCCCUGCGCCGCGCUGGCCCGGCCAUGCCCCUCGUCGCACGCGCACGCCGCGGCUUAGGCUCCUCCACCGCCGCGGACCCGCUCGCCGAAGACUUCGCCACGGCUACUGACCUCCGGUUCGAAUCGCCACUCGAGGUAGUCAAAUACCCCGACCCCAUCCUGCGCGCGCGCAACAAGCGCAUCAACGCGUUCGAUGCCAACCUCCGCGCCCUGGCCGAUGAGAUGUUCGACGUUAUGUACAAGACCGAUGGCAUUGGUCUCUCAGCACCACAAGUUGGAGUAAAUGUGCAGCUUAUGGUAUUCAAUCCUGCUGGGGUGAAGGGGGAAGGAGAGGAGAUUGUUCUUGUCAACCCAGUGGUAUACAAGUCCGCGAAACGAUUGCUUGUGUUUGAAGAAGGGUGCUUAUCGUUUCCUGGAAUAUAUGGCAAUGUGCUGAGACCAGAAAGCGUGAAAAUUGAAGCUCAAGAUGUUACAGGGGCUAAGAUCAAAGUAAAAUUAUCUGGUCUACCUGCAAGAGUUUUCCAGCAUGAGUUUGAUCAUUUGCUGGGGAUUCUUUUCUUUGAUAGAAUGACAAUGGAUGUUCUUGAAACCGUACGUGAGGAACUGAAGAACCUAGAGAAGAAAUACGAGGAAAGAACAGGACUAGCGAGUCCUGAAACUGUUGAGAACUACGAGGGUGCAAAAGAUGUCUUUAGUUUUUCAAGAUGAUGGCUGUAGCAGACUCGGGAAAUUUUGCAAAUAUUGGAACAGAUCAUCUAGCUGAGCAUUAGACUGAAGAGUUUCUGGGACAGCUGGUUAUACCAGUACCACACCCAAUACUUUAGUUGCAGUGUUGGCAGUCUUGCUAUUUCUAAUUUCUUGCAAUAUCAAUGGAACUAGAGACAACAAAUUUAUUAGUUACAAAUGAGGUUUUGUGUGUGGUGCUUAUGUCUAUAAUAUUUUCUCAUAUUUGUGACUCUUAGGAUAAGGACAUAGUGUACCGCCUGUUUUAUCCAUUUUUAAUAAUAUAAUGAGUUCUUUGUCUCCCAAA